AUGGCGCAGUGUAAUGAUGAUCCUUUCUCUUUUGACGCGAUUCAGCUUCAGACCCAACCCGAGAGGCGCGGAAUGCACCGCCUCGACGAUGGCGAGCAAAUCCAGCGUCCCGAUGCCUUCGACGACCUCUGCCAGGGUCUCUUACUCCAGGCACGGAUCGACCGAAUCGUUCAUGGGUUCGAGGGCGAGGGCCAAGGCCCCGCAACACUCGUCAUCUUUGGCUUUCGUUUCCAUGGCCUCAACGAGAAACGACGGUUCAAGGAAGCGGUCAUCAACAUUACGUUCCAAGACGAACAGAAGCGUCGUCACCACCGAUACGAUCCCGAGGUAAUCUCGCUGUGGCCGAAUGGGAUGUUCACGCUUGGAGAGCCCACGGUCGUUGAGCUCGAGAGCAGAAGAGAGGGGAAGGUGAGGGCAGAGGUGACGGCCGGUGGUGCUGGGGUGGUGCAGGGAGGCGCCCGGGCUGCGUACAAAUGGGAGACGACCAAGUCAUUCAAGAGGCUGGAUCGGGCCAUCUUGGUUGGCUCUAUGACCCUCGACACCACGGUGCGACAUGAGGGGGGAAACAAUCUGGUUCGCCUCACCAUCUCGGAGAACCACGCGGCCGCAUCAGGGAUUGUCACGGACUUGCGCGCUGCUGUGCUCCUGAGGCGCAAAAACGACGACGAUACGUUCACGGCCUCGGUAAGAUUCAAGGCCAAGGCGGACUUCCGAUACGACUGCGUCCGCGGGGUCCGCGAUAUCCUGGGAUUCUCGCCUCCGAAUGGACCGGUUCGCUUUAAACCGGGAGUGCAAUACCUGCGGCCACCCACGUUGGGAGACGAGAUGGAGUCUAGACUUGCGGCGUCGAUUGACGCAAACAAGCUAAAUGCUGCGAGGUUGAAUGAACUGGCAGGGAUCUUGAGCGCCACUGUCUUGGCCAUUUAG